GAAGCCGCACACCGGAUGUCCCCAAAAAAUUUCUUACAUGAAAACAUUCGCAGUCCACUAACUCGUGUUCUCUCUUCCACCAGAGUCCACAUGGGUUGCCUGCAGCUCAAGCGAUGGCUGUCGUUCCUGCCGGCCGCUUUCGUCGUCUAUAUUCUACUGCACUACCUCGUCUACCAGCCCGACCUCACCGGCCCUCACCCCGCAGUACUCGUUGGCAGUGGGCGAUCCAACGAAAGUGUUGUGUCUCUGGCUGGCGUCAGGACGCUACAGAGCGGUCCACGGAUCCUGCCACCAUUGCCUCAAGACGCCAGCGAGCCUCAGGCGGUCGUUGCUAGCGAAACAGAUGCCACCACUGUGAUAAACUCUCCAACGACAUCAGUAGUCAGCGGGCAUCACAUCGACAACACCACCGUCAUCCAAGGUAGUGGCUCCUCUGAUGCCGUCAGCCACAUCAGGUUUGACAGUAUGUCGCAGGCCCUUGGGGAAGACACCUCCGGGGCUCUUGUCGAAGAGGACUUGGGUGUUCUCGGAGACGGCAGCCUGGUCGGGGCAGGUGGUGUGGAGGCCACCAAUUUGGGUAGCGGCUCCACAAGAGGCUUUGAAGCCAGUGUAGCCGUGCCGGCAGCUCUGGAGGCUGUUAGCUCGGCAUCCCUGGCCUUCCCUGACCCGCCCACAGCCCUGCUGCGGCGUUCCCCAGCCUCCACCUCCCGCCCCGCCCCGCAUGCCCUUCCAGGAACCUCGGUAAUACCCCACAGGACAGGCAUUCCUCGUGGUCCAGUCCGCCUGCCACCCCCCAUCCCUGUGUCCGGCGCUAAGUCAGAGGGCGCCUCGUACCCCUACCGCCAUAGUAACACACGGUACGACCGUCGCAACUUGGUCUACACCUACCAGGGGCGGGAUGCCUACGCUCACCCGCCUUAUGGUCCCCCCUAUGAUCCCUACAGUGCCGCCUUCAGCAGAGAGAAUGCUGCUCAGCGGGCCCUCUACACCCACAGUCACGCCAUGGCCAAGAUGGGAGGGCUCUCUCCCUCGCAGAACGACCUGUCGCCUGUGUACGACUCGUUCGCUUACCCCGACGGUCGUGACCUGACCAUGGGGGAGGAAGUGCCCCCUCCCGGUCGUCCAGAUGUGGUGGGACACUCCGGGGUGGUGUCUACUGUGCGGGUCACCUCCACAGCACUUACAGAGCCACAGAAACAGUCACAGCUAAAUACAGUCACAGCGUCGUCAGCACAGCCACCUAAACCACCACUGGCGAAGAAAACUCCAGUAAUUAGGAAGAGCGCUGUGGCAGUCUCUUCCACGCUAGCUAUAAAUGCACUUAAAGGCAAAAUUAAGGUUGGCGAAAAAUAUGAAUCAGGCUUCAGUGUGCCUCAUGAAGAACUUUGUGAGAACAAUGGACGGGAGCUGAAAGUUCUUGUGUUGAUUACAACUGCCCCAGACCAUGAGAAACAUCGCACAGCUGUCAGACAAACCUGGGGACACUUCUCAUUGAGGAAGGAUGUGGUUAUGGCCUUUGUAAUUGGGAGAACCACUAAUUUCAAUGUUCAAAGCAACAUUGAUAAAGAAAAUGAAUUGUUUGGGGACAUUAUCCAAGCAAAUUUUAUUGAUCACUAUAGCAAUCUCACACUGAAGACUGUAUCCAUGUUUGAGUGGAUUAAAACAUAUUGUUCUGAGUCACACUUCGUUCUCAAGACCGAUGAUGAUAUGUUUAUCAAUAUGCCCCUACUUCUUAGUUUUAUAGAGUCUAAGGCAAAUGAAGACCAUGUAAUGUAUGGGCGAAUGGCCAAAGGUUGGAAGCCUGUCAGAAAUAAGAAGAGCAAGUAUUUCAUAGAUACUAAAACAUACAGCAAAUCCAAGUACCCAGACUUCCUCACUGGGCCAGCAUAUCUCUUCACAAGUGAUGUAGUGGAUGAUAUAUAUCAGAAGGCACUUGACACCACAUUCUUUGUGCUUGAGGAUGUGCUGCUUACUGGUAUUGUUGGUGAAAGUUUAAGAAUCAGAAGAAUAGGUGACUCACGAUUUAGAAAUGAGAAAAUUAAAUUAACUGAUACAUGUGGCCUCCUGAAAACAAUAUCAAUUCAUAUGGUUAAAUAUGAAGAACAGUUUGAUAUAUACAAGAGGACAUUAGAUGGGAAAGCUAAAUGUAAAACUGGAUAGCUGAACUAAAAAUAGCUCUCCUUUUCAAGAAGGCGAAUAUAAUGUUGGUAAGUAUAAGCUUACCAUGUGAUAGACAAAAUGUGCUCAAAAUAUGACUCUUUGGAAGUCUGUGAUUCUCCGUUUCCCUAAGUGUAAUGGAAAUCAAGUGACAUUUUCAUUGAUGUCUAGUCUCUACAUUUCAUGCAGUGACAGUAACAAGAACUUAUUGUGUAAGUUGCAUAUCCCAGGAUGUAAAUGUUUGUGAUGAAUUGUGGUAGAAACAAGAAAUUUAUUUGCAAUGACUUGAAAUGAUUCAUAAAAUGCUGAUCCAAAGAUAUUGCACUACAGAACAUGUGAUGAUAGUCCCCAAGGAUGUUACUAUUUAUUUUGCAUUGUACAUUUUUCAAAAAUAUUUUUUUAAAUAUUUGGAAAAGGAAUCUUAAUAUGAUCUGAAAGGAAAGUUGGGGAUCAUUGCAAAGUGCUAAAUAACUUUUCUUAGUUAUUCUUCUCUUCUGUCUUGUGGAUUCAGAGCAGGAUGAUAUGCUGCUGAUAUAGCCUUAGUGUACUCAUCAGUGAUAGAAAGAGCUUGUUUUUCUAAGUUAUGCUUGCAGAAAUGAAGCAUUUAUUACUCCACUAAGAGUUCUGUGUUUAUAAAGCUUGACCUGUUUCUCUCACGGUAGGAAUAUUAUGAAAAGAGAUGUUUCCUUCAUUGACAUUCACUUUUCUUUCUUUUGCAUUUUUUUUUUUCCAUUUGGCAGUACAGCACAGUGGAGUGUGCCAUAACUAAUCAUACUUGACUUUUUUAUCUUUUUUUCUACCAGGACAGAAUCCCCAUUCUAUAAAGCACAAUUACAGUUAUUCAGUUACAUUAUAAUUUAUCAGAUCUAGUAUUGCAUAUGGUUUUCAUAUAAAUAUUUAAUUAAAUAAUUAUACUGUGGCUCAAAUUAUUUUCUUCUACUUAAAAAAAUUACAUUAAAAUAUACAAGGUUUUACAUAGAAUGGACAAAUAGGAAUUUUUUUGGGGUAAAAACUACCCUUUUUUGUUUGUAUCUUUCUUGCUUUCCAAGAGCACUUAAAGAUACUGAUUUUAUCAAGAAUCUCAUUACAUACAGAAAAGUCAGUUUUGUAAUUCACUAGAUAAUUUUUGCUGUAGCUUUUCAAUCUUUAUCUUUGUUUCUCUAUUGUCUAAUCAUAACUCAUUGAUCAUGACUGAGGCUCAUCUUAACUCAUUGAUUAUGACUGAAGCUGGUCUUAACUCAUUGAUCAUGACUGAAGCUGGUCUUAACUCAUUGAUCAUGACUGAAGCUGGUCUUAACUAAUUGAUCAUGACUGAAGCUGGUCUUAACUCAUUGAUCAUGAUUGAAGCUGGUCUUAACUAAUUGAUCAUGACUGAAGCUGGUCUUAACUCAUUGAUCAUGACUGAAGCUGGUCUUAACUCAUUGAUCAUGACUGAAGCUGGUCUUAACUCAUUGAUCAUGACUGAAACUGGUCUUAAUUCAUUGAUCAUGACUGAAGCUGGUCUUAACUAAUUGAUCAUGACUGAAGCUGGUCUUAACUAAUUGAUCAUGACUGAAGCUGGUCUUAACUAAUUGAUCAUGACUGAAGCUGGUCUUAACUCAUUGAUCAUGACUGAAGCUGGUCUUAACUAAUUGAUCAUGACUGAAGCUGGUCUUACCUCAUUGAUCAUGACUGAAGCUGGUCUUAACUCAUUGAUCAUGAUUGAAGCUGGUCUUAACUCAUUGAUCAUGACUGAAGCUGGUCUUAACUCAUUGAUCAUGAUUGAAGCUGGUCUUAACUCAUUGAUCAUGACUGAAGCUGGUCUUAACUCAUUGAUCAUGAUUGAAGCUGGUCUUAACUAAUUGAUCAUGACUGAAGCUGGUCUUAACUAAUUGAUCAUGACUGAAGCUGGUCUUAACUCAUUGAUCAUGAUUGAAGCUGGUCUUAACUCAUUGAUCAUGACUGAAGCUGGUCUUAACUCAUUGAUCAUGACUGAAGCUGGUCUUAACUCAUUGAUCAUGACUGAAGCUGGUCUUAACUCAUUGAUCAUGACUGAAGCUGGUCUUAACUCAUUGAUCAUGACUGAAGCUGGUCUUAACUCAUUGAUCAUGACUGAAGCUGGUCUUAACUCAUUGAUCAUGACUGAAGCUGGUCUUAACUCAUUGAUCAUAACUGAAGCUGGUCUUACCUCAUUGAUCAUGACUGAGGCUGGUCUUAACUCAUUGAUCAUGACUGAGGCUGGUCUUAACUCAUUGAUCAUGACUGAGGCUGGUCUUAACUCAUUGAUCACGACUGAGACUGGUCAUAACUCAUUGUUUUUGACUGAGAAGAGAAGGAGUUAUUUUAUGAUGGCAGACACACUUAAAGUCUGGACAACACCUCUCAUCUGCUGACACAGCAUUCUAUAAUAUAAUUAUUACCUAAUGGGGAAAUGGUAAAUCCACAAAAGCCAUGCAGCAUUUAGGGAAUAUUAAUAAUAAAACUUUGUUUGUAAAAGCAUACAAAAAUGUAACUUUUGUUUUUCUUUUUAAGUACUUUUCUUUUACUUUUUAGGUCACCCUGCCUUGGUGGGAUAUGGCCGGAUUGAUGAAAAAAAAAAAAAAUCUUAAAUUCCAAAUGAUGCACAACAUAUCAGCAGAUAAUCAGGUCAGAUUUAAGAAAGUGGAGAAUAGAUAAAAAUUCCCUGAAACACUCUUCAACCAAUGACCAGACAUCCCUUCUCCCCUUGAAACAAAACUAAUAUAGAUAGAGGAGGGCCCUGUAUGGCAGGUUAGGUUGCAGCCUACUGCUGUAAAGCAAAAAUUGCUGUAAAGUGACUGACUCUUUUUUUUUUCAUUUUUUAAUGCAUAUAAAUGCCUGAUAACAUGUUUACACUAUCACAUUUUAAGCUAUCCAUAUAAUUAGACCUAAAAAUAUAAAAAAGUAAAAAUGCAUAUACGGUACACUUAUUACCAUAAAAUAUUUUUGGCCUUAAUGUACGGUGAGAGGUGAGAAGCAUUUAUUGUAAGUCAGGAGGAGAUGGCUGGAUAAGACACAGAGCUCACGGAGAAUGUAAACAAAUAGAGUGGCACAUGGACGAUGUAAUAGUGAAUCAGGAGCCAUAUAAAAAAAUAUUUGGUUAAAGUUUAUUAAAAUUAUGUGGGAAGCGCUAAACCCGUAGGAUUAUACAAUGCAUGUGGGGGGAUGGAAGGUAUUCAGGCACAAUUCAGGGAACCAGAGUACAGAUCCAAUUCCUUAGAUCAAGAGCCCCUCACCAGUGUCAAGGAACCGCCCUUGAGGGGGUUAAAAUUUGAAAUGUCCAUAUUAGCAAAGUGCUGUAAAGUGGGGCCCUCCUGUACAUAUGAUAUGCCCAAGGUGUCGAUUUGUUUCUUCUGUCUAUUGCUUUCUAUAAAGUACUUUUUCUUUCGGUAUAAGCUAUAAUGCUUGGUAAAAAAAAAUUUCACUCAAUUAUUUCUCAAUUUAAAUGGCAACUGUCUUAUAUAUGCAACUGUGCUUUGGCUAAAAAUUUUAAGAAAUGAUAACACAAUGUCUGUUAGACAAGAAAACUUUUUAGCAUUUUGCAGUGGCUUUUAUUUUUAUUUUUGUAUUUUUGCUAUUAUGACGUUGAAAAAUGUUAAGGAAGACUAAAAGACUAAAAAGUCCUGUAGUCUGAUCAAAACUGUAUUUCUACCUUUAUUUUAUCGAUUUGAUAACUCAAGGAUAUACUUCACAUGAUGUUCCUAGCAUGAGGAACUGAAGAUGAAGACGAAAUAAUUGAUUUUCAUGUAGUGUCCUGGUAAACUCACACUUCAUAAACUUUAUAUUAAAGGCAGUGUUAAACUUGUUAAUUGUAUGAUAUUUAAUAUUAUCCUUCUCAUAUAUGGAACAACAGUAAAAUAUUCUCUCAUGGUAAAAAUGAGAAUAUUCCUCAAUGAAGAUCACUAGGAAGGUGCAUAAUUAAGUGACUGUAUGUUUGGCAAAACACCUGACAAGCAGUCAAUGAGUGUCAUGUGCAAUUGUGUCAAGUAAAGCACUGGAGUGUACUAUUAUCACCUUGAAGUAUGUGUUUAAUGUUUACUGAAUGCAUACAUAUGUUUGUGCUUAUUAAUGAUUGCUGUGGUUGAUAAAAAGAUUGGCUAACAAAUGCACUACUUUUACGCAAUUGAAAGAACAACACUUAAAAUUAUCUUGUAUGUUACUAGAUACCCCAAAAGUGUGAGUACAGUGGACCCCCGGUUAACGAUAUUUUUUCACUCCAGAAGUAUGUUCAGGUGCCAGUACUGACCGAAUUUGUUCCCAUAAGGAAUAUUGUGAAGUAGAUUAGUCCAUUUCAGACCCCCAAACAUACACGUACAAACACACUUACAUAAAUACACUUACAUAAUUGGUCGCAUUCGGAGGUGAUCGUUAUGCGGGGGUCCACUGUAUAACUUAUUACUAUAGAUAUUUGUGUCUCCUACAUUUUUACACAUUAUUAUUAUUAUUAUAAUCAAGGGGGAAGCGUUAAACCCGGAGGAUUAUACAGCGCCUGGGGGGGAUGUGGAAGGCAUUCAGGCUUAAUUCGGGGAACUGGAGCACAGAUCCAAUUCCCUAAAUCAAGAGCCCCUCACCAACAUCAAGGAACCUUCCUUGAGGGGACAUUUUUUACACAAAAGUAAAGGUAUACAGGCAGUCAUGUUUUUUAACUGUUCAAAUCAAAUAUAUAUUGUGCUUGUUUUAUUUUUAAAUGCCAGUAACAAUUACAGUGGAACCUUAAAAAUCGAACUUUCUUCGGUCCAGAAGGCUGUUUGUGUGCUGCUACUGAACGAAUUUAUUCCCAUCAGGAAUAAUGUAAAUUAGAUUAGUCCAUUUCAGACCCUCAAAAAUACACUUAUAAAAGCACUUACAAAAAUAUACUUACAUAACUGCUUGAGUUGGGAGCAGUUCGAUUUUUGAGGUUCCACUGUAUCUGUUUUUCAAUCAGUGUAACUAUAUUCAUAUAACUUUAAGAUCAAAAUGCUAAAGAUAGCAAGUUCAUUUCAACUAUGAAGAAUAUUUUUGCUAGUUACAGAAUACUUGAAGAGAUAUUUAUCAAAAUGGUUGUGAUUCUGAGAACUUGUAAGUCGGGACUGAGGGCAGGCAUUCACUUGUUAUCAUUAUUUUAAGAUAAAUAAUAUAACUUACCUGUUCAGUUAUGGUAAGCUGUAUGUGACAAAGAUUUCAAUACUACAGUGAAUUAAUAAUAAAUCUUGUUACAAUGUAUCCAGUAUGUGUUUCAGAACUUAUGGCAGAAUCUUAAAUUUAACUUUCAUUAGAAUUAAGAUUCACCUGUAUAAUUUUCCCACUGGAUACAAAUCUCAACCUUAUUGAUUAUACUCAGAAAACCUUAAAACAUUUAUGAAAUUAAAUUGUUCUUACUUCCAAAUAUUGUUUCUAGACAACUCAUGUGUGAGCAUGUUAGAUCAAGGUGAGUAGAGACGAGUAUUUUGAAGAAUGUUGGAGUGUAAGUAGUGUAACAUUUCUGAAGGAAUUCAGAGUAACUGGUUAGCCAGACUUGAGUCCUUAUGGCAGAAAGUUCAGUGCUUGCACUGUGAAGAAAGGGUAGGGAUGUCACAAUUUGGAGGGUCAUUAGAAUUUGUUUCUGGCAAAACAGCUAUUGUAUGAAUGAUGAGGAAUGUUUACUUUUUUUUGUUCAUACUACCUUGAUAGGAGAUGGCUGACAUGCUAACAGAAAAUAUAGUCUGACAUUAGAUAUUUUAAUAGGAAAUGUAAAUUUUAUUUGCUUUCAUUGAACUGUUGCAGAAAGUGGUAUGUCAAUACAUCAGUCAUCAAGUGUUAUGUGACUUAAGCUAUACAUGUAAGAGGAGUAUAUCACAUUUGCUCAUUAAUAUGAGGAGAAAAGUAUAAUGUAGAUAUGUAGCCUAAUGAUAAUGAUCACUUAAGGUUACUAUUAAAACAAAAAGUAGGCAUUUAGUUCCAAUUAUUUCUUUCUUUUUUAAGGCUGUUCUUUGUGGAGAUCAAGUGGGACACUCUGCAUAUAAUUAAUAUUUAGUUUGAAUUUGAAAUUCUCCAGUUUACUGUGUGCAGUAAUAUUAAUUAGACCUAGUAAUAAUUUUUUACUGCUUUACAUAUCGUAAUCUCUAGUCUUUAGCAAAACAUCAUGUAACAUAUAGACAGCAUAGACUGAGUAACCUCUUCUUCUCCAUGAAGCCAUUCUGGUAAUUUUCACCUCCAGCACAUCACGAGAAGCCCACCGGUGCUUUCUGCAAUUUCUGUUGCCAAUUUGCAUUGCUCUGUGAUGCCAAAAUGAAUUAUUAAAUUCAACACGGAUGUUAUUUACACUUAAAUGACAAAUGCUGCUGUGAAUGUCAGUAUUGAACACACACAAGGCAUGCUCUUAUGUCUUUGCAAGGUAAAAAUGAUGUAUACAGUGGAACCCCAAUUUUUGUCUUUAAUCCAUUCCAGAAGGUUGGCCGAAAACCGAUUUGUACGAAACUGAAGUAAUAUUUCCCUUAAGAAAUAAUGUAAAUUCAAUUAAUCCAUUCCAGACACCCAAAAAUAUUAACAAAAAAUACAUUUUAUAAAGAAUAACUAUAGUUUUAUGUAAAGAAAACAAUGAGAAAUAUAUAUAAAGCAUCAAUGAAAUGGAUAAAUGUACAUUUAACUCAUUUUUACCUUUUUUGAAGACUCUUGUUGGUGUAUGGAAGAUGGUGAGGAAGGGAGAGGGAAGAGAAGUUAUCUCUACCAUCAUCACUACCACCCUCUUCCACCAUUGCUACCACCCUCUACCACAAUCACUACCACCAUCACUACCACCAUUGCUACCACCCUCUACCACAAUCACUACCACCAUCACUACCACCAUUGCUACCACCCUCUACCACAAUCACUACCACCCUCUACCACCAUUGCUACCACCCUCUACCACAAUCACUACCACCCUCUACCACCAUCACUACCACCAUCACUACCCCAUCACUACCACCCUCUACCAUCAUCACUACCACCCUCUACCACCAUCACUUCCAACCUCUACCACCAUCACUACCACCAUCACUACCACCAUCACUUCCACCCUCUACCAUCAUCACUACCACCCUCUACCACCAUCACUACCACACUCUACCACCAUCACUACCACCAUCUACCACCAUCACUACCAACCUCUACCACCAUCACUAUUCCAUCACUACCACCUUCUACCAUCAUGACUACCACCCUCUACUAUCAUCACUACCACCAUCACUACCACCCUCUACCACCAUCACUACCACCCUCACUACCACCCUCUACCACCAUCACUACCACCCUUUACCACCAUCACUACCACCCUUUACCACCAUCACUACCACCCUUUACCACCAUCACCACCACCCUCUACCAUCACUACUACCACCCUCUACCAUCACCACUACCACCCUCUACUACCAUCACUACCACCCUCUAUGAGUAACAAAGGCAGGCUGAGUCAUGAACGUAUGAGUGGCCGCGUCCCGUGGGCAGGGGGACGCAUCUGAUAUGGAUGAUUUCUGAGCAGAUGUAUGAAAACAGGGAAAA